AUGUCCACAAAUUUGGAAUAUAGAGCAAGAGAAAGAUGGAGAAAAAGAGAAAGUAGGCGGCAGGCCAGCGAAGCUCGAGGAGAAAAAGAGCUGGUUGGGAUAGGGUCCUAUCCCUGGUAGAUGCCAAAAAUGUGCAUUAGUCCCAGUGCUCCCAUACUUUGGAUCUUUAGAACGGCAUGGUAACAUGCUAAUACCAUUUUAUACCUUCAGUAAAUUGACAACCUUAUUAACCUUAAAUCACACCUCCCCUCCAACCGUUAAUUUUAACUCUUUAAGUUUGAAAUACAACCUGUGGGUGAGUGCUUGAGAUGACUAUUAGAUUGUUAGUGUGAGACCGUAACUAAAUUAAGUUCAUUUCUUUAUCACUCAGAGAUAUGCCAAGAGAUCAGAGGCACAACUUAAAGGAUUGGACAAACAAAAAUUAAAAAAGGUAAAAUACAAUAUUAAAAUUACGUAUUCUUUUUACGUGUAUAUACAUUAUUUAUGCAAUCUAGCAUAACACGGUGAAGAAGAUACACCACUCAAACAUGCAAAGGGAUAUCAGUUUUAAAACUUUGAGAUCAACAACUGGGAUACAUACCGGUUUCAUGUUUUGAUUAUUAUUAAGAAAUAUAUACAUAGGUCAACUGGGAUUCCAGCCUACCAAAGAAAUGGGAGACUGGUGCUCCCUGAAAAAUUAGGUGGAAAGUCUAAUAUUUAUAUAAGGAAUUAUAAACUUAGGUAAACUGGGAUUCCAAACAAGCAAACAAUUGGGAGACCGAGAGAUUACAUAGAAACUUUAAAAAUAAAAAUAAACCACUACGUAUAAAAGCAGGUCAUCUGGGAUUCCAACCCAGCAACAAGUAACACCGGUUCUCCCUGAACUAAUAGGUAAGAAUUCUGAUAUACAAUUGGCCAAAUGAGAUUCAAACCCAGCAAGCAAGGAAGACAGGAACUCCCUGAAAUGAUACUUCAGUUUAUGAUAGAUAAAAUGAACUAUUCAAACUAAGUAACUUGGGACUCCAACCCAGUAACCAAGGGAGACAGGAGCUCCCUGGACUGCUAAUUCAGUCUAUGAUAGAUGAAAUAUACUAUAAAAACUAGAUAAACUGGGAUUCCAACCCACCAAGCAAGAGAGACAGGAGCUCCCUGGACUAAUCCUUCAGUCAAUGAUGGAUGAAACGUAGAAUUAAACCUAGAUAAACUACAGAUUCCAACCCAGCAGGUAAGGGAGACAGAAGCUCCCUGCACUGAUACUUCAGUCAAUAAUAAAGGAAAUAUACUAUUAAAACUAGAUAAACUGGGAUUCCAACCCAGCAAGCAAGGGAGACAGGAGCUUCCUGGACUGAUACUUCAGUAAAGAAUAGAUGAAACUUACUAUUAAAAGUAAGUAAACUGGGAUUACAGCCCAGCAAGCAAGGGAGACAGGAGCUCCCUGGACUCUUACCUCAGUGUACGAUAGAUGGAACAUAACUAUUUUAUACUAGAUAAACUGGGAUUCCAACCCAGCAAGCAAGGGAGACAGGAGCUUCCUGGACUGAUACUUCAGUAAAGAAUAGAUGAAACUUACUAUUAAAAGUAAGUAAACUGGGAUUACAGCCCAGCAAGCAAGGGAGACAGGUGCUCCCUGGACUCUUACCUCAGUGUACGAUAGAUGGAACAUAACUAUUUUAUACUAGAUAAACUGGGAUUCCAACCCAGCAAGCAAGGGAGACAGGAGCUCCCAAGACUUAUACUUCAGUCAAUAAUAGAUGAAACUUACUAUUAAAACUAGAUAAACUGGGAUUCUAACCAAGCAAGGAAGGGAGACAGGAGAUCCCUGGACUGAUACUUCAGUCAAUAAUAGAUGAAACUUACUAUUAAAACUAGAUAAACUGGGAUUCCAGCCCGGCAAGCAAGGGAGACAGGAGCUUCCUGAACUGAUACUUCAGUCAAUAAUAGGUAAAACUUACUAUUAAAACUAGAUAAACUGGGAUUCCAACCCAGCAAGCAAGGGAGACAGGAGUUCCCUGGACUGAUACUUUGACAGUCAAUAGUAGAUAAAACGUACUAUUAAAACUAGAUAAACUGGGAUUCCAACCCAGCAAGCAAGGGAGACAGGAGCUCCCUGGACUGAUACUUCAGUCAAUAAUAGAUGAAACUUACUAUUAAAACUAGAUAAACUGGGAUUCGAACCCAGAAGGCAAGGGAGACAGGAUACUUCAGUCAAUAACAGAUGAAACUUACUAUUAAAACUAGAUAAACUGGGAUUCCAACCCAGCAAGCAAGGGAGACAGGAGUUCCCUGGACUGAUACUUUGACAGUCAAUAGUAGAUAAAACGUACUAUUAAAACUAGAUAAACUGGGAUUCCAACCCAGCAAGCAAGGGAGACAGGAGCUCCCUGGACUGAUACUUCAGUCAAUAAUAGAUGAAACUUACUAUUAAAACUAGAUAAACUGGGAUUCGAACCCAGAAGGCAAGGGAGACAGGAUACUUCAGUCAAUAACAGAUGAAACUUACUAUUAAAACUAGAUAAACUGGGAUUCCAACCCAGCAAGCAAGGGAGACAGGUGCUCCCUAGACUGAUACUUCAGUCAAGAAUAGACGAAACUGACUAUUAAAAGUAGAUAAACUGGGAUUCCAACCCAGCAAGCAAGGGAGACAGGAGCUCCCUGGACUGAUACUUCAGUCAAUAAUAGCUGAAACUUACUAUUAAAACUAGGUAAACUGGGAUUCCAACCCAGCAAGCAAGGGAGACAGGAGCUCCCUGGACUGAUACUUCAGUCAAUAAUAGAUAAAACUUACUAUUAAAACCAGAUAAACUGGGAUUCGAACCCAGCAAGCAAGGGAGACAGGAGCUCCCUGGACUGAUACUUCAGUCAAUAAUAGAUGAAACUUACUAUUAAAACUAGAUAAACUGGGAUUCCAACUCAGCAAGCAAGGGAGACAGAAGCUCCCUGGACUGAUACUUCAGUCAAUAAUAGAUGAAACUUACAAUUAAAACUAGAUAAACUGGGAUUCGAACCCAGCAAGCAAGGGAGACAGGAGCCCCUGGACUGAUACUUCAGUCAAUAACAGAUGAAACUUACUAUUAAAACUAGAUAAACUGGGAUUCCAACCCAGCAAGCAAGGGAGACAGGUGCUCCCUGGACUGAUACUUCAGUCAAGAAUAGAUGAAACUGACUAUUAAAAGUAGAUAAACUGGGAUUCCAACCCAGCAAGCAAGGGAUACACGAGCUCCCUGGACUGAUACUUCAGUCAAUAAUAGCUGAAACUUACUAGUAAAAGCAGAUAAACUGGGAUUCGAACCCAGCAAGCAAGGGAGACAGAAGCUCCCUGGACUGAUACUUUAGUCAAUAAUAGAUGAAACUUACUAUUAAAACUAGAUAAACUGGGAUUCGAACCCAGCAAGCAAGGGAGACAGGAGCUCCCUGGACUGAUACUUCAGUCAAUAACAGAUGAAACUUACUAUUAAAACUAGAUAAACUGGGAUUCCAACCCAGCAAGCAAGGGAGACAGGUGCUCCCUGACUGAUACUUCAGUCAAUAAUAGAUGAAACUUACUAUUAAAACUAGAUAAACUGGGAUUCCAACCCAGCAAGCAAGGGAGACAGGAGCUCCCUGGACUGAUACUUCAGUCAAUAAUAGAUGAAACUUACUAUUAAAACUAGAUAAACUGGGAUUCCAACCCAGCAAGCAAGGGAGACAGGAGCUCCCUGGACUGAUACUUCAGUCAAUAAUAGAUAAAACUUACUAUUAAAACUAGAUAAACUGGGAUUCCAACCCAGCAAGUAAGGGAGACAGGAGCUCCCUGAACUGAUACUUUAGUCAAUAAUAGAUAAAACUUACUAUUAAAACUAGAUGAACUGGGAUUCCAACCCAGCAAGCAAGGGAGACAGGAGCUCCCGGACUGAUACUUCAGUGAAUAAUAGAUGAAACUUACUAUUAAAACUAGAUAAACUGGGAUUCCAACCCAGCAAGCAAGGGAGACAGGAGCUCCCUGGACUGAUACUUCAGUCGAUAAUAGAUAAAACUUACUAUUAAAACUAGAUAAACUGGGAUUCCAACCCAGCAUGCAAGGGAGACAGGAGCUCCCUGGACUGAUACUUCAGUCAAUAAUAGAUGAAACUUACUAUUAAAACUAGAUAAACUGGGAUUCCAACCCAGCAAGCAAGGGAGACAGGAGCUCCCUGGACUGAUACUUCAGUCAAUAAUAGAUAAAACUUACUAUUAAAACUAGAUAAACUGGGAUUCCAACCCAGCAAGCAAGGGACACAGGAGCUCCCUGGACUGAUACUUCAGUCAAUAAUAGAUGAAACUUACUAUUAAAACUAGAUAAACUGGGAUUCCAACCCAGCAAUCAAGGGAGACAGGAGCUCCCUGGACUGAUACUUCAGUCAAUAAUAGAUAAAACUUACUAUUAAAACUAGAUAAACUGGGAUUCCAACCCAGCAAGCAAGGGACACAGGAGCUCCCUGGACUGAUACUUCAGUCAAUAAUAGAUGAAACUUACUAUUAAAACUAGAUAAACUGGGAUUCCAAACCAGCAAUCAAGGGAGACAGGAGCUCCCUGGACUGAUACUUCAGUCAAUAAUAGAUAAAACUUACUAUUAAAAGUAGAUAAACUGGGAUUCCAACCCAGCAAGCAAGGGACACAGGAGCUCCCUGGACUGAUACUUCAGUCAAUAAUAGAUGAAACUUACUAUUAAAACUAGAUAAACUGGGAUUCCAACCCAGCAAUCAAGGGAGACAGGAGCUCCCUGGACUGAUACUUCAGUCAAUAAUAGAUGAAACUUACUAUUAAAACUAGAUAAACUGGGAUUCCAACCCAGCAAUCAAGGGAGACAGGAGCUCCCUGGACUGAUACUUCAGUCAAUAAUAGAUAAAACUUACUAUUAAAAGUAGAUAAACUGGGAUUCCAACCCAGCAAGCAAGGGACACAGGAGCUCCCUGGACUGAUACUUCAGUCAAUAAUAGAUGAAACGUACUAUUAAAACUAGAUAAACUGGGAUUCCAACCCAGCAAGCAAGGGAGACAGGAGCUCCCUGGACUGAUACUUCAGUCAAUAAUAGAUGAAACUUACUAUUAAAACCAGGUAAACUGGGAUUCGAACCCAGCAAGCAAGGGAGACAGGAGCUCCCUGGACCGAUACUUCAGUCAAUGAUAGAUAAAGCUUACUUCUAAAAGAAAGCAUUUACCGGGAUUUGAACGGAGCAAGCCAGAUAAGUAACACGUGGAGUGAUACUACAGUCUAGCUAUUAUGCAUGUAGUUGAACCUUUAAUACCCUAAUUCUUGAACUACUACAUGAAGUGCAUUACAUCUUUAUUAAUUAUUAAUAGUAUGAUACUGUUUGAGCAGCAGCAAUUCUUUCAAUAAAUUUAAAAUAGCAGCUUUAAGUAGUAAAAGGGGAGUCCAAAAAGAAAGUUGGCGUAUUGUUGCCAAUACAGUGGCCUCAAGCCAGGUGGAGGGUUUCGUGCGUUCCACAGGGUGCUUGUCUACUUACGCGGUGAGAGUGGUACUGAGCCAUCAGUUACACCGAGGUCUGGGUGGUCGCCUCUGACCGACAGGUGAUGUAUUGGGCGCCUGAUAAGAAAACGGCCGUUGCACUCAAGUGCUUAUCAACUCAUUCUGCAGUGGUGCAGAGCUUUACGAGUGAUACUGCACGGGCCGAAGCGGUGUACCGCUCAUCGGGUCAUGCCAUAUCUCAGCUUCUGUCACGAAACAAGUCUGUUGUAAGCGCUCAUGCCCAGGUGUCCCGGUCUGGACGCAAGCGGAGGUCCCCCAAUUUAUAUGGCCGUUGCACUCACGUGCGUCUCGGAUACUGCACAGGCCAUACACCCUUUUCUAUAGGUCAUGCCAUAUCUCAGCUUCUGUCACGAACCAGGUUUUCUCACACCUUUAAAUUUUGUUUUGUUUUGUUUUUUUUUUCAAAUAAUUCAAAAAUCUCAGUUAUUUUAGAUAUAAUUUCAGAUUUUCUUGGGAAGAGUUGUUGCUCUAAGUAGAUUAUCCCUGAUUUUCAAAGUAAUAUGCCCUUAGGGCAACUAGGAUUCCAACGCAGCAAGCAAGGGAGACAGGAGCUCCCUGGACUGAUACUUCAGUCAAUAAUAGAUGAAACUUACUAUUAAAACUAGAUAAACUGGGAUUCCAACCCAGCAAGCAAGGGAGACAGGAGCUCCCUGGACUGAUACGUCAGUCAAUAAUAGAUGAAACUUACUAUUAAAACUAGAUAAACUGGGAUUCCAACCCAGCAAGCAAGGGAGACAGGAGCUCCCUGGACUGAUACGUCAGUCAAUAAUAGAUGAAACUUACUAUUAAAAUUAGAUAAACUGGGAUUCCAACCCAGCAAUCAAGGGAGACAGGAGCUCCCUGGACUGAUACUUCAGUCAAUAAUAGAUGAAACUUACUAUUAAAACUAGAUAAACUGGGAUUCCAACCCAGCAAUCAAGGGAGACAGGAGCUCCCUGGACUGAUACUUCAGUCAAUAAUAGAUGAAACUUACUAUUAAAACUAGAUAAACUGGGAUUCCAACCCAGCAAGCAAGGGAGACAGGAGCUCCCUGGACUGAUACUUCAGUCAAUAAUAGAUGAAACUUACUAUUAAAACUAGAUAAACUGGGAUUCCAACCCAGCAAUCAAGGGAGACAGGAGCUCCCUGGACUGAUACUUCAGUCAAUAAUAGAUAAAACUUACUAUUAAAAGUAGAUAAACUGGGAUUCCAACCCAGCAAGCAAGGGACACAGGAGCUCCCUGGUCUGAUACUUCAGUCAAUAAUAGAUGAAACUUACUAUUAAAACUAGAUAAACUGGGAUUCCAACCCAGCAAUCAAGGGAGACAGGAGCUCCCUGGACUGAUACUUCAGUCAAUAAUAGAUAAAACUUACUAUUAAAAGUAGAUAAACUGGGAUUCCAACCCAGCAAGCAAGGGACACAGGAGCUCCCUGGACUGAUACUUCAGUCAAUAAUAGAUGAAACUUACUAUUAAAACUAGAUAAACUGGGAUUCCAAACCAGCAAUCAAGGGAGACAGGAGCUCCCUGGACUGAUACUUCAGUCAAUAAUAGAUAAAACUUACUAUUAAAAGUAGAUAAACUGGGAUUCCAACCGAGCAAGCAAGGGACACAGGAGCUCCCUGGACUGAUACUUCAGUCAAUAAUAGAUGAAACUUACUAUUAAAACUAGAUAAACUGGGAUUCCAACCCAGCAAGCAAGGGAGACAGGUGCUCCCUGGACUGAUACUUCAGUCAAUAAUAGAUGAAACUUACUAUUAAAACCAGAUAAACUGGGAUUCGAACCCAGCAAGCAAGGGAGACAGGAGCUCCCUGGACUGAUACUUCAGUCAAUAAUAGAUGAAACGUACUAUUUAAACUAGAUAAACUGGGAUUCCAACCCAGCAAGCAAGGGACACAGGAGCUCCCUGGUCUGAUACUUCAGUCAAUAAUAGAUGAAACUUACUAUUAAAACUAGAUAAACUGGGAUUCCAACCCAGCAAUCAAGGGAGACAGGAGCUCCCUGGACUGAUACUUCAGUCAAUAAUAGAUGAAACUUACUAUUAAAACUAGAUAAACUGGGAUUCCAACCCAGCAAUCAAGGGAGACAGGAGCUCCCUGGACUGAUACUUCAGUCAAUAAUAGAUAAAACUUACUAUUAAAAGUAGAUAAACUGGGAAUCCAACCCAGCAAGCAAGGGACACAGGAGCUCCCUGGUCUGAUACUUCAGUCAAUAAUAGAUGAAACUUACUAUUAAAACUAGAUAAACUGGGAUUCCACCCAGCAAUCAAGGGAGACAGGAGCUCCCUGGACUGAUACUUCAGUCAAUAAUAGAUAAAACUUACUAUUAAAAGUAGAUAAACUGGGAUUCCAACCCAGCAAGCAAGGGACACAGGAGCUCCCUGGACUGAUACUUCAGUCAAUAAUAGAUGAAACUUACUAUUAAAACUAGAUAAACUGGGAUUCCAAACCAGCAAUCAAGGGAGACAGGAGCUCCCUGGACUGAUACUUCAGUCAAUAAUAGAUAAAACUUACUAUUAAAAGUAGAUAAACUGGGAUUCCAACCCAGCAAGCAAGGGACACAGGAGCUCCCUGGACUGAUACUUCAGUCAAUAAUAGAUGAAACUUACUAUUAAAAGUAGAUAAACUGGGAUUCCAACCCAGCAAGCAAGGGAGACAGGUGCUCCCUGGACUGAUACUUCAGUCAAUAAUAGAUGAAACUUACUAUUAAAACCAAAUAAACUGGGAUUCGAACCCAGCAAGCAAGGGAGACAGGAGCUCCCUGGACUGAUACUUCAGUCAAUAAUAGAUGAAACGUACUAUUUAAACUAGAUAUACUGGGAUUCCAACCCAGCAAGCAAGGGAGACAGGAGCUCCCUGGACUGAUACUUCAGUCAAUAAUAGAUGAAACGUGCUAUUAAAACUAGAUAAUGUGGGAUUCCAGGCCAGCAGCAACGGGAGACAUGUGCUUUUUGAACUAUUUGAUAUAAGAAACUGUGAUUGUUAUAUAAAGCAAUAUGCACUUAGGUUAACUGGGAUUGCAACCCAACAACAAUGGGAGACAGUUUCUUUAAAACUGUUACAUGGAGCUCUGAUAUUUAUACAAAGGAAUAUACACUAAGGUCAACUGGGAUUCCAACACAGCAACGGUGGGAGACAGGUUCUCCCUAAACUACUUUCUGUUAGCUAGGACCAAUGGGAUUUACACCCAGUAAGUGUCCACGGGAGAAGAGAACUCCCUAAUGCCUUUACCCCUAAUGCCCUUACUUGACUCACCACUGUUGUAUCUUUGUAGGUUAUAACGAGGCUUAUGUUGGACGCUUUAAAAAUAUCUCAGUGGAGAAGUCGGAAUGAUUUUAUUGUAUUUAUAGUAUUACUUUAUAAAUUUGCGCUGUUGUUAUUACAAGCAAAAAGCUGUUUGAGGGUUCAUUGAGAGUCGACUUGCCUUUUUUUUUAUAUUACUUUUUUAUGUUCCUGCCCACUUAAAAUAUCUGCUGAUAGUUUGGCGUUAAACUUUAUUUGUUAUCUAUAUCCCUUAUCGUUGCAAAUCAAACGCAAAAUCAGCAAGUGACAUAAAACUUUAUUUUGCCAUAAAUAAUAAAUAGGAUGGAGAGGAAAGAAGAAAUAAAUUAUUAUCGGGUCUUGAACAAAGCAAAAAAAUAUACUUACAAAUCCCUAGAACUGAGUCUAGGAUCCCUUUGCAACUGAAAGAGGUCAAUAAGACCGGCUUGGAAAGCGUCUAAGGAAAAAAGCUUGAGAAUUAAUUCCACAUGAAAUAAGCUGUAUUAGUUCAAUUUAAGUCUGUUGGUAACAUUUUCUAAGCGCUUGUUUCUUUUUCUUGAGCUUUUUAUUUUCUAGAUUGAACCUGCCCACCAAUUAAUUUGUUCAUCACGUUGGGAGGCAUUUUCUACGCUUCAGGUAUUAUGGAUAUUUUUCUUUGCAUUAGUUUCCUGUUUUCUUUUAAGAGCGGCAUAUAUUGAGCACCAUAACUGUUAAGGGCUGAUAUUAUUUAUGGGGGUGGAACUGAUAUACUCUAGAAUAAGAGCACAGCAUCGUACGAGUUGUGCACUGGCGUCGUCUGUUUGUGAGAGAACAGAGAACGACUGAAAUCAACUCAUUUAUUCCUGCCGCUAACAGGAGUAAAGCAGUGAAAGUUUCUUAUCUGUGCUUAUUACAAUAAGUACGGUUAAACUAAAAAAUAGUGUUGGGUGUGGCACGAGUACCUGUAUUUUUAAUCAUUGAAAUGCUUUAUUUUGCUAACAGAUGUUUACUGUGUUGGUCGUUAUCUUUACUGAGUUUAGGUUCGUUUUCAAAUUGCACUUUUUCAGUGUACAAAGCUUGAAAAAUCAUCAUCUUGUGAAACCCAUACAAGCUGAUGAAAAAAACACCGAUAAUGAAAGGUACGUGAUCUCUUGAUAAGACUUGAAUAGCCCUUUUCACAACAGGUUUCGAGCAGGGGUAGUCGCAAAAAUAGCGGUUGGACUGCGCAAAUCAUUUAAAAAACUUACCAACGCAAUAAAACGAGAGCAAAUAAUAACCAGUACUGAAAUUUCUCUAUCAUUGUCUUGAUCUACGGUCUACUGAUAAACAUUGAACCUUUUUUUCUUGUUUUAGGACAUGUUUCUCAAGUUGAACAUGAGGAAAAGUGCUUGCCUCUUACAACACAACUAAAGUGAAGAUGAUCGACCAAGAUGAAAUACUUUAGGGAGUUUAAUCUAAUAUUUUUUUUUCAUAUAUACAACAGCU